AUGGCAGAUCGUCUUGGCUUGCUGUGGCUGUGCGUGGGAGUGGCUUCUGCCCAAACACCACCCGUUGGGCACAUCGCAGGUAACCCAAACCUUUCUGCAGGCAAUUUGUGCGAUUUGAGCGAUCCAAGUACACUUGUGGGUGAGCUAUCAGUCAGCCACGUUGCCACUUUGUUUGAAGGGUUUGGUUCCAGUGCAGCCUCCAAGGAUUAUUUUAUUGCUGGAUUGACAUCCACUGGGGUCCGCCGCUCCCUUCUCAAGUUUGAUUUGGCAGGUGUGAGUUUCCCGGCCGACGUUCAAGUGUUGUGUGCAGAAGUUCGAUUGUCCUUGGAUGUGAACUUGUCCUCCUCCGAUGCGGCUCCACCAGAAAUUACGCUUCACGAAGUCACGCAAGACUGGUCCGGCAAUGCAGAUUCACAAUUUGAAGGUCUGAAUGGGAGUCCAGCCGUGAAUGGAGAUGUUACAUGGGAAUUCACGACCUAUCCAACGACACGAUGGGCAAAUAUGGGUGGUGAUUUUGCAGGAGAUCCAUUGUCACGACAGCAAAAGACAACGGCAGCGGAUGGCGCCGAGCACGAAUGGUUUGGAAAUACGAAACGAAUGCACGCCUUGGUGAAUCAAUGGAUUGGCGAUAGCAGCAGCAAUCAUGGACUUUUGGUCAAAAGUGACGAACAGCUGGAUGAUCCCAUUGCAUACAAUGUUUAUCAUGGGGCUGAAGUUACUACAGGUCUAGCCCCCAGGUUGAUUGUGAUUUACACGGCUCCUAGCCUGGGAUAUCCACACAAGGUAGCUCAAGGUCCUGGAAGUCCAACGGGUAGCCCCACUAUAUUUGAUGAUAUGCUGGUCGGCAUCCCCACGGACAGUCCAACUGCAGGUCUUGGUGGUGCUGGUGGUUCUACAAACGGCGAUAGCCCAACCAUUGGUCCUGACAAUGGGGGCAGUAUCAGUAGUGAUAGUGACAGCGAUUCCGAAGAUAAUGCCUUUGGAUUUACGCGGGAAAGUAAAUCCAACACCGAGUAUACCGCAGUCGCCCUCAGUGUUACGGGCAUUGCGCUUGCUGCAGUCGUGGCUUCCUUAUUUGGCAUGAUUCCGCAUCGUGCAGAAACCACGGAGGAGCUGGGAGAGCAGGGAGGCAAUGUUAUAGCACCGCAAUCAGGCGCUCCAACAGAAUUGGUGUAG